UCCCAACUGUCUUUUGUAACAACGUCUCUGAUUGGUCAAUAGAGCAUAUACUACCGAUCAAACGCUCGCAUUACAAUAUUGUCUGCUCUAUCAAGAUGGCUGAUAUAGUCGGUCUCACACCGUCUAUUCUUGCCGGUUUUGACAAAUACAAGUACAAUGCAGUAGACAGUAGUCCUAUCGGCCAAUAUAUCACACAUCCAUUUUGGAACUGGAUUGUACAGUUUCUUCCAUUAUGGCUGGCUCCAAAUCUACUCACCCUAGUUGGUUUUCUACUACUUCUAGUGAGUUAUGUUAUAAUGACUUACUACGAUGCAGAGUUUUAUGCAUCCAGUCUUGACAAUCCCGAAUAUCCAUCAAUACCAAAUUGGGUGUGGUUAGUUUGUGCCUUGAAUAAUUUUAUUGCUCACACUCUUGAUGGUAUUGAUGGGAAACAAGCACGUAGAACUAAUUCCAGUACACCUCUUGGAGAACUGUUUGACCAUGGUUUAGAUAGCUGGGCAACACUAUUCCUACCUAUUGCCAUAUACUCUGUGUUUGGCCGUGGUGACUACAGUGUUGGUGUUUUUCACAUCUAUGCAAUACUCAUAGGUACAAUGAUGAGUUUCUUUUGUUCUCAUUGGGAGAAAUAUAACACUGGUGUUCUCUUUCUUCCAUGGGGCUAUGAUGCAAGUCAAUUAGCAAUGACAGUGUUUUAUUUAGUAACAUAUUUUGGUGGCUAUGAAAUGUGGAAAUUUAUAGUACCAGUCCUUAAUAUUCCAGCAUCUGUAAUGGUUGAAAUAAUUGUACAUAUGGGUUUCAUUGGUAUUACCUUUCCUACAACCUUCAUAAAUAUCUACAGGUCAUACAAAAAUAAAACUGGGAAAAUGCGGUCUUUUACAGAAGCUACGCGGCCACUAGUUUCUACAGUGUUUCUUUUUACAUUGCUUCUUCUCUGGGCUAUUUUCUCUAAAUAUGAAAUUAUGGAGAAACAUCCAAGGCUGUUUAUGUGGACCACUGGUACAGCCUUUUCUAAUAUAGCUUGUCGUUUAAUUGUUGCACAGAUGAGUAACACACGGUGUGAACUGAUAAACAUAUUCUUGAUACCAUUAAGUAUUAUUGUGAUAAUAGCCCUUCUCCUGCAACCAGGACGGUUGGAAGUUGUCUUUCUCUGGGUAUAUUGUUUGGUGGUUACCGGCACACAUGUUUAUUAUGGUGUAUCUGUGGUGCGUCAGAUGUGUCGUCAUUUCAAGAUCCAUGCAUUUUCUCUGGAGAAGUUGCCUGUGCAGUAAUGUUUGGAACAGAAAGUCUCUUUUCUACCAUCUUCACCUGCCAUGAUGACCCACUUUGUGCUGGAGUUUUUGACUAUUUAUUUCCAAUUGCCACUCUCAUACAAUUAGCCCAGUAUCUUCUUAUUCCUUUACUCUAGAUCACAUCAAACAUUAAAGCAACCCUCUUUCACUUGCUAAGAUUUAAAAAAAAAUUUUUGUAAGCAAUGUGACUUAAAUUAUAAUUAUUCCAUUUACAACAUCUGUAUGUAUGACUCUGUGUGUGUGUGUAUAUGUAUGAUUCUGUGUGUGUGUAUGUAUGUAGACAUGCUGCUAUACAUGCAUGCAUACUAAAUGUACAUGUACCGAUACAGAAAUACAUGUGUGUGCAUAUUCAGGAUAAUACAUGCACAUAUUUACAUAUGUGUAAACUCACACUCAUUUAUAUGUACUCACACACGCAUGCACACACACACACACUUAAACAGACAUAAAUGCUUAUGUCUACUCAAACAAAUGGACACGUAUUCACACCCACACCAAUGGACACGUAUGCAUACACACACGCACACAUACAAAUAUAUCUCUCUUUUACAGACACAAAAAUAGCAGCAUAUGCUGUGCAUGUUCUCAUUACAUGAAUUGAAGACUCAAAACAAAAAAAAAAAAUGCAGUCAAUCAGUCUUUGAGACUAGAACGGUCUCUAUGUUUGAACUGUACAAAGAGAUUGUCAGGAAUCUUGCUAUCGACAGUACCUGCUUGUUUAGCCAUUACACUAGGCAUUGAUUAUUUUGACAAAUUUAUUAUUAUCUUCAUUAUUAUUUAUUAUCAUUAUUGUUAUUGUCAAGGCAGUGAGCUGGCAGGACCAUUAGCACAUUGGACAAAAUGCUUAGCCACGUUUCUUCUGGCUCUUUAAGGCUCUGAGUUCAAAUCCUGUCGAGGUCAACUUUGCCUUUCAUCCUUUAGGAGUUGAUAAAAUAAAGUACCAGUUAAGUACUGGGGUCAGUGUAAUUGACUUGCCUCCUUCCCUCAAAAAUACUGGCCUUGUUCCAGAAUUAGAAAGAAACUAUUGUCGUUUGUUAUUAUUAGGGUGGUGGAUUUUCAGAAUUGUUAAAGCAUUGGAGAAAAUGCUUGGUGGUGUUUCUUCUGGUUCUUUACAUUCUGAGUUCAAAGUCAUCUUUGCUUUCAUCUCUCCAGGGUCGAUAAAAUAAAAUACCAGUAAUGUACUGGGGCAGUGAUAUCGACUAACUCCUCUCCUGAGAAAUGCUGGUUUUGUGGCUAAAUUAGAAAUAUGUUGUUAUUACUAUCACUAUCAUCAUCAUUAUCAAGGAUGUGGAUUGAUUGAAAUGGUAGAAAAGUGAUAUAAAAUGCUGUGUGGUAUUUAGCUACACCCGUUUAUGUUCUGACUUUGAAUUGCACCUGAGUAGUGUUGACUUUAAUCUUUCCAAGAUCAAUAAAACAGAGUAUCAGUCAGGUACUGGGAUCAGUAUUGUCAA